AGUAACCAUGACCUGGCUGAGGGCUGGGUGCUGGCGCAGAGGUUUGGAGAGAGAGGAGAUAAGUUGGUCCCGGUUGACUCCAUGGAGAAGAUCCAGUGGCAGCACCAAACGCUCGGGGUUGAUUAUAAACCUGCGGUCAGCUGGGAACAAGUGGUGGACCUGACCUACACCGUACGCCUAGGAGAGAAGCCCAGACUCGCAGACCAGGAUGAGGCCGCGGUGCAGAAGUUUCGGUCUGUACCCCCAGGCUGGAGCUACGAGCACGACGUGGAGCUGGGGCGGUUCCUGUAUGAUCACAGUGAGAGGGAGCUGCAGCACAGGGACUGCACCAAGGAGCACCUCAGCAGCAUUGAGGUCUCCUCGCAGCUGGAGGACUUCCGUGCAACCCAUCUGACAGACAACCAGACACACAGCUUCUGGGAGAGCAACGGGCCCCGGGGGCAGCACUGGGUGCGGCUCAACAUGAAGAAAGGCACCAUUGUCAAGAAGCUGUGGCUGGUGCUGGAUGGGCAGGCCAACUGCAACUCCUUUGUACCCAGGCGGGUGGCUGUGUAUGGGGGAACACUGAACAGUAUGCAGCACCUGAGAACCGUCCUAAUUAACGAGAACAGCUUCCGUGAUGUCUGCAUCCUCCGCGACAUGAAGACCUACCUGCCGGUGCUGGAGAUCCGCAUCCUGGAGUGCCGGGACCAGGGGUACAAUGUCCGCCUGCGAGGGAUUAAGAUCAAGUCCUUCUGGGAGUGGGACCUGAUCCUUAAUGCCGACAUGUUCCAGAAAGCCCAGCUGGUGCGCUACCCUCUCCUGGAAGGGAUGGAUGCCGACGUGCUGUACCGGCGGGCCGUGAUCAUUCAGAGGUUCGUCCAGCUCCUGGACAGUGUCCUGAGUUACCUGACCCCCCUCUCCGAGGACAGCAUUGGCACCUUCGAUGCACUCAGGAGCAUGAAGCCAUUCCUGUUGCUGUCGAAGCAGAGCACAGCCCUCAUUGCCCACUGUCUCCAGUCCUCGGAGAGCCCCCACCCUAACUCCAUGCCAAAGCUGUGCAUCAACCGGUACCUGGCCCGGCAGCACCGCGCUAACCCUGCGCUGGACCCUGGCUGCAGGAACGCCGUCUUCACCCAGCUGUAUGAAGGCCUCAGAUCUUCCAAGAACAAUCAGCCCCUGGACUACAGGUGGCCCCUGAGCUACAGCCAGUGGUGGGAAUGUGACUUCAUCACUGAGGGCAUCAUCGACAACAGUGAGAGCUCUCCCCUCCUGCCCUAGGGCUCUCCCCUGGGCUUUCUCUUGUCAGAGUGCAGCUCGGAGCUAUGUCCCAGCUCGGGUGAUGUCCCCGUGCCCCUGCCCUUCUUUGUGCGCACCUCCAACCAGGGUAACAGCAGCAGCCACACCAGGGACAUGUAUGUCCCCAACCCCUCCUGCGAGGACUUCCCCAAGUAUGAGUGGAUCGGGCAGCUGAUAGGAGCAGCUCUGAGGAGCAAGGAGUUUCUGGUCCUGGCUCUGCCGGCACUGGUGUGGAAGCAGCUGGCAGGGGAGGAGGUCAGCUGGAGCAAGGACUUUGCUGCCGUGGACUUGGAGCUGGUGAAGCUGCUAGAGGUGCUGGAAGGGGUGGACAGGGAAGCCUUCGAGUUCAUGUUUGGCAGAGAGCUGACCUACACAACGGUGCUGAGUGACCAACGCACGGUGGAGCUGAUCCCCAAUGGCAGCAGCACUGUGGUGCGCUAUGAGGACCGCAAGGAAUUCAUCCACCUGGUGCGGAGAGCUCGGCUGGAGGAGAGCAAGGAGCAGAUCGCAGCCAUGCGUGCCGGGCUACUCCGUGUGGUGCCCCAGCCUGUGCUGGACCUGCUCACCUGGCAGCAGCUGGAGAAGAAGGUCUGCGGGGACCCUGAGAUCACGGUGGCUGAACUGCGGAAUUUCCUCACAUUUGAGGACUUUCCCUCUGAUGACACCCGUAUCCAGAACUUCCUGGAGGCACUCAGCAACUUCACCAGCGAGGAUCUCAGCCGCUUCCUCAAGUUUGUCACUGGUCGGAGCCGCCUCCCAGUUCAAAUCACUGUCUACCCGGAAAGGGGAAACUCGGAUGCAUUGGACCUGAUGCCACAGGCCUCCACAUGUUCCUGCAGCUGCUUCUUGCCCAACUAUUCCUCGGCCAAGGCCUGUGAGAAGCUGCUGCGGUACGCUGUGUACAACUGCGUGUCCAUCGACACUGACAAGGAACCCUGGGAUGAAUGA